AUGGCAGCUGCAGAUACGAUCUGCUUGGUCGCACUCUUCUUUUUACUCAGCCUCCGCUACUGGGGUGUGCAAAGCGAUAUGUUCUUCACAAUUGCUUGCAAGCUGGACGUAUUCAUCAUCCAUGCCGCAUCCGCAUUUUCCAUUUGGUGUUGGCUGGUUUUGUCUGCAGUACGCUACGUUGCGAUAUACAGACCGUACACGCAUUUGAAGAUGCAUAAGGAGCCCCAUUUGGCAGUGAUCGGAAUCGCCGCCUUCUGUUGCUUGGCGGAAUCGUGGCUUCUCUACGACAUCACCUACUUCCCAGAAGUGAAAGCAUGCGAAUCAAAUUCGGAUGAAGCUACCGGGCAAAAGUUGCAGAUUGUCGAGAUUAUCAUCUCGUAUUUUCUGCCGGCCGGGAUUAUUACAAUACUCGAUUUAAAGGUUUUAUUUUGCCGUACGGUUUGGUGGUCUGGGAUCGGGACCAAUCAGGCGGAUAAACAGUUUGCGUUAAUUUCAAAUGGGGAUCUCGCAGAGCAGGAAGCAAAAGCAAAACGAAGGGCUCAACAACUGAAGGUGCUGCGGCGGUGUCUAGUGAUUACGGUGUUCGAUUUGGGAAUGAAUUUGCCGAGUUAUUUGUAUAGACUGUAUUUGUGUACACUAACGGAAGAAGAAAUGUUACGACUCGACCCGAAAACCCAAGCUUUGAUUGAAUUCGUCACGCAAAUUAUGUAUUUCGCACAGUUCUCAUUAAAUGCCCUCUACCUCGUUUGCAUCAUCUACGAUACCCCUAAGAAAAGGCGCAGGAUCCCAGCGUCAAGUGCCUCUUACGCGUCCGGAAUUUCAAAGCGCAGCGUUCUACAGCAGAAAGACAGUCGCACCAUUGAUUUU